UAAAUUCGAAAUUUAACAUCUUUCAUUCGUCUUUGGUAACUUACCGCGAGCAGAAGUGAUCAAAUACGUGCAGUUAACAUGAAGAUUUUACUGUUGGUGUUAAUUUUUGGAUGCAUUUUGUAUCUCUUCCAUCGUUAAAUAGAACACAUUAUUCACUAUGCGACGACCAAGGGUCUUGGUGACGCAUCAUCAGGUGCAACCGGUCGCGUUAGAGCUCCUACGGGAGGAGUGUGAUGUACUCGUACCUUCGAUGGACUUUCCUACACGCACAGAAAUACUAGAUCUAUGCUCCGGUAUCGAUGGGUUACUCUGGACCAACUAUAAGAUGAAACUGGAUCGCGAAGUGUUGGAUGCUUGCGGUCCUCAGCUACAAGCUGUAUCAUUAACAAUGAACGGUGUUGAUUGUGUGGAUACUGAAGAACUAAGAAGACGAAACAUUCCUCUUGGGCACACGCCAGCCAUCCCAAACGAAGCCGUGGCGGAUCUAGCGAUCGGACUUAUGAUCGCAGCCAACGGUGGUCUUUUACGAUCCCCUGUUGAUUCUACAUCUCCCAAAGAAAGUUUGCCCUAUCACUCAAUUCAAGGGUGCACCGUAGGAAUAAUCGGAUUCGGAGGCAUCGGGCAGCUUAUCGCCAAAAGACUGCAAGGAUUCGACAUUGGAAAAAUUGUGUACUGUGGCCGCAGCAUCAAAGAAGAUGCCGAUAAAUUCAACGCCCAUUACGUGUCCCAACAAGAUCUUUUCAAGCAAGCCGAUAUCCUGUUCAUCAGCUGUCCAUUAUUGACCGAAACUUGCCAGAUGUUCAACCGAGAUACGUUUUUAGCAAUGAAAAAGACGGCUGUUUUGAUCAACAUUGCAAGGGGUGCGAUCAUAGACGAGGGUGCGCUGAUUGAUGCUUUGAAAUGUGGACAUAUACGAGCGGCUGGUUUGGAUACUGUCACAGUCGAACCGCUGCCACCGGACAGUGAGCUGUUUCGGCUUCCAAAUUGUGUUGUAAUACCACACUUGGGAACGGCAACAAAAAGAACUAGAGACGGGAUGGCUGUCCGGGCUGUGGAGAAUCUAGUUCGUGGAUUAAGAUGCCAAAAAAUGAUAUCACAAUUUCAAUAGACUCUUCUUCUUAGUUGGCUCGAC